AUUGCAUUUCAUCACAUAAUGGACGUUUACAACCAGUUUGUAUAUCCAUCAACUUCGCUUUUUAGCAUUCAUUGCAAUUUUAUAUCCAAGGACCAGAAUAACUUGGUUGUAUCCAAAGGAACUCUGUUACAAAUAUUCAAUGUAUUGUGUAUCGAAAAGGAAGAUGCCAAUGUCAAUGAAGAAAAUGUAAGUUUACCUGAAGAGGUUUUCAAACCGGCAUAUAAGUUAGAACUCGUGUCUGAGUAUGCGUUAAACGGGAAAAUUCUAGAUAUCCAUAAAUUCAGAUCCAACGAAAACGAAGAUGUUGAUUAUCUACUUGUGUCAACAGAAACAGCAAAAAUUUCAGUUGUAAAAUGGAACCCAUCUGAUUUUUUGGUGAGUGUGGUGAGUUUGCAUUACUAUGAGACUGUCCUUGAUUCAUUACUUAUGGAAAAGCUAAGUACUUCUGAUGUACUACAUCGAACAGACCCAAACUAUGGCUGUUCUGCCAUGUUUGUUGAUGACCUAUUCGUAUUCCUCCCAUUUAAAAAAGCUGACAUUGGAGAUUUCGAUUUGAAUGAUGAUUACAAACCUACUAUAGAUCAAAAAGAGAAUUCAAAAAUUUCAGAGCUAGAUUCUGCAUUAGGAAGUGAUUUAUUUGAAGAGAGCUUUCUGGUAAACGCCAAAACCUUGCAUACCGAUUUGAAGAAUAUUGUCGACAUUCAGUUUUUACAUUCUUACCCAAAUCCAACUUUGGCAAUCUUAUAUGCUCCAGAAACACUAUCAUGGGCGGGAUAUUUACCUCAGGCAAAAGACAACAUGAAGGUUCUUGUUUUGUCUUUGGAUCUAGAGACAAAAUCUGCUGAUGUCAUUAUUGAGAUAGCAGACCUACCAUAUGACAUAGACCGUAUUCACCCUUUAGAACGCCCUAUAAAUGGUUUUCUUCUCAUUGGGUCAAACGAAAUUAUUCACAUUAACUCCUUGGGUGCAACUAAAGGAAUUUACACCAACGAAUUCUAUGCAGAAACAAGCUCUCUUACCUUGAAAAAUCAAUCAAGUUUGGAUCUUCUUCUUGAGCUUUCUGAGGUCUGCCAGAUAGGCGAUAGUGAAGUGUUACUAGUAAGCAAAAGUGGGAAAUUUUACACGCUUAUCUUCGACGAAAUUGGAGGUAUUUCCAAUUUAAAUAGAAUCUCCGUGAACAGCGAGUCAACGUACUCCAGUUUCAAGGUAAGAUCUGUUUUGGAUAUCACAUAUAUUUCAAAUAAAAAUCUGAUAUUUAUUUGUGCCCAAGGAAGUGAUGGUCUACUACUCAAUUGGUACCAUGAGCCCACUGCAAAAGAGACAACUUCCAAAUCGGAAAUAGGAGCAGACAUAUUUGAUGCAGAUGACGAUUUCUGGCUAUAUGAAGAUGAAUUGAAUCAAAACAAUGAAGGACUAACUUCUUCAUUAACGAGUUGCACCCUUGUGGUGUCUGAUAGUAUCAUCAAUGUUGGCCCUGUAUCAGACUUUACGUUAGGGUACACCUCAGUGGAGUCUAAAAUUUUGGGACUUCCAAAUCCAAGUUACAAAGAAACUGCCAUUUUUGCUUCUUCUGGGUUAGAUGAAUGUGGCGCAGUCUCAAUUAUAACACCAUCUGUUAAACCUCUCAUCAAAUCAUCUUUGAAGUUUUCUAACGCUAGCAAAAUCUGGACAGUCUCGAACCACAAAGGUGACACAAAGUUUUUAAUAACAACGGACCAAAAAACAGCAAAAACACAAAUUUUUGAGGUAGAAAAGAACUACAAAGAUUUAGUGAGUAAAAACUUCAAGAACAAUUCUUAUACGAUACAGUUCGGCUCAAUAGUUACAGAAAAAAGGGUGAGACCAGUUCAGGUAUUGGCACACAAAGUCAUGAUUUAUAGUAUGGGCUUUGGAAGAGUCACUUCUAUGUCGUUUGAAAAGGAAAUAAAUCAUUCUGUUAUUCACGAAAAUUACAUUGUUGUCAUUAUGACAACCGGUGAGAUUGAAAUUCUAGAAUAUGACGAUGCAACCAAAAAACUUUCCAAGAUGGACCUUCCAGCUUUACUCAACUUUUUGAUUUUCACAAAUGCUUGGAUUUCACGUUCAUCCUUACUAAAUCAUGCUACUCCUGUAAAGAAAAGAGCAGCGUCAGGUGAGCCAGCUGAGGUUAAAAUAAAUCUAGAAGAAGAAGUAUUGUUUUGGCUGGUCACCGCUGAUAAUAGAUUACUUGUAUUCAGAAAAGAGCACUUGGAGAAAGUUUUUGAGUUCAAAAACAUACAUAAAAUGUCUGAAUACUUACAGCUAUCACCUAUGGACCCUAAUUAUGAGGCAGAUGUUGAUCCGAUCCUCAAACAAUGCAUUUUCACCAAAAUAGGGGAUGAAUUUAACAUCAAAAACUAUCUUGUUAUACUUACCUUUGGUGGUGAGAUAAUAAUGUACGAACUGUUCUUUGACCCUGUUCAACAAUAUUAUAGAUUCAUUAAGGCUAACGAUUUAUUUCAGCUUCCUAUUACUGGAGCACCAGCAAACUCCUAUUCUUACGCCACUAAAAUUGAGAGAAACUUGUUCAAGAUUGACGAUUUAGAUGGUUCAAAUGUUGUCAUGGUCACAGGAGCUACGCCUUUCAUUAUCUGCAAGCAAUGCAAUUCAUUCCCAAGAAUGUUUAAGUUCACUGCCAAACCCUUACUUUACUUUGCACCUUUUUCGAAUGAAAAGUGCAAAAGCGGUUUGAUAACAAUUGAUGAUAAAAAGUCUUGCCGCAUGGUUCAGUUAGAUCUUGAAUUUGAUUAUUCUAACAAACUACCAAUCCGUAAAUGUGAAGUGGGAGAGACAGUGAAUAAAAUAGUGUAUCAUGAACUUUCCAAUACAUUCUUAAUUUCAACUUUAAAGAGAGAAAUUUUUCGCCCUAAGCCAAAGGAAUCAGAAGGAGAGGAUGCUUCUGAACCAGAGAUCAAAAACGAUUACCGGAUAGCAGCUCAGAAUUACAGGGGAAGCAUUAAAGUGUUAUCACCUGAAAAGUGGUCAAUUGUUGACACGCUCGAAUUGGAAGAAAACGAAUCUUGCACAACUUUAAACGUACUAAACUUGAAAGUAAAUGGAACUGAUGGGAAUAGAGUUGUGAUAUUUGUUGGAACAGGAAUUUUUCAGAGUGAAGAUGUCUCAACUGAUGGAACUUGGAAACUAUGUGAUUUGAUCAAUGUUGUUCCUGAGCCUGGCAAACCUGAAGCAAAACAUAGACUCAAAGUUUUAUGCAGUGAGACAGCCAAAGGUCCUGUAUUGGAUGCAUGUGCAGUGGAUGGAAGAUUUGCUGUGAUCCAAGGGCAACGAAUGCUUGUCCGCAUGCUCAAGGGGGAGGGGAAUGCAGCUCCAGUUGCUUUCACUGACACUUCCUUGUACUCAGGAAAAGUUAAAUCAUUCGAAAAUUUGAUGCUUGUUGGAGAUUGUUAUCACAGUGUUACCUUGUAUGGCUUCGAUGCUGAGCCUUACCGUAUGCUCACUUUAGGAAAAGAUGAAAACCAUAUGAGUUUGAGCGAAUCUGAAUUUAUUGUUCACAAUCAAAAUCUUUACAUUUUGGCUUCGGAUGACAAUUCGAUCUUACACAUUUUCCAAUAUGAUCCGUACGAUCCAAACUCAUUGAAGGGUCUCAAACUGCUCAAAAGGUCUUCAUUUCGCUCUAACGCUCACACUACCAAAAUGAUGAAUUGUAGUAGGAGGAGGUCGCUGUUUUCUAUGGUUUCCACCCUCCCAAUCAGAAAGGAUGUCGAUUUGGGUUACGAGGUUAUUGCAAGUAAUAUUGAUGGUUCUUUUUACAAAGUCUCACCCAUUAAUGAAUACCAGUACCGAAGACUUUAUUCUUUGCAAAACUACAUUGCUGAGAAGGAACACCACUGGCUCGGUUUGAAUCCUAAAAUGAAUGCCGUUGGAAAUUUGCAGGAUGAACUGACUGUAAUUAAGAGGCCAUUCAUCGAAUACAGACUUCUUACCAAGUUUAGUAGCAUGAAUGAAGACAAAAAGAGAAUGUUUGCCAUGAGGCUUGGCAAGGAUGCAUUGGUUGAUAUAUAUAGAGAUAUGAUUUCCCUCCAAUGAAGUGGAGAUGGAAAAGUUUUGUAAUAUUAGCUCUAAAAGUAUUAUGUGGGGUACU